GCAAGCGUAGUAAGUGACGAAAUAUGUAAUCAGCUGAUUGGUCUUUUGUUUUUUGUGUUCUACGUACUACAGAAAUAAAUUAGUCGUGCAAGAAACUAUUUUAACAUCUAAUAUAAAUACUUGGUAUCACAUUGGAGAAGAAGUUAUUAAUACAUAUUUUACAGUAGCUCCUAGUAAGUGAUCAAAGACAUUCUCAAAUUAUAACCAUGUUUUGAGAGAAAAACACUGGUAUACGUGACAGAUUGAAUUUUUAAACAAUAGAUACAAAAAUAUGUCGUCCUCGCCAGAGAAUGUUGCGAUAAAGCAGCCUAUUAGGCGCUUAGAAAUUCAAAUUAAUAACUUCAACGUGGCUAUACCACAUCAUGUUGAUUUGUUAAAACGACACAAAAGUAACAUUCAAAAAUAUCAAGCACAACACGAGUGGGAAAAGAUGCGCAGGGAACACAUGAAUGUAUCAAGAAUUAUAAAACAACUUAAAGAAUUAUUGUAUCAAAUGGAUAGUUUAAGAGCUCACGUUCUCGACUCUGACAUUAAUCAGUUCGAUAAAUUGACUGGGAACGCCCGUGAAAGUAUCAUGAAUGCAAUCAGAGAAUAUAUGGAACUGCAACUAAAUUUGCCCAUGUCACAGCCAGAAUCACCCAUAGAAGAAAAUCAACCCAAAGAUCAUCCACUUGACGAUAAAUAUAUCCAGCUUCAGAAAGAACAGCAGGAACUGCAGCAUCAGGAAGCAUGUCUGCAUGCUUGGAACACCUUGCAAGGAGAUAUACAUCAACUUCAUCAGUUAUUUGUUGAUUUUAAUAAAAUUGUUGAUGACCAGAAGGAGCUAGUCAGUAUGGCAGAAGAAAAUGUAGAGUUAACAAAUGUAAAUGUAACAGAAGGUGAAAAAUUCCUUCAAAAAGCUGUUAGGUACAAAGUUGCUAUGUACCCUUUAGCAGGAGCUGUAAUUGGAACUUGUAUCGGUGGACCGGUUGGUUUAUUAGCUGGAUUAAAAGUUGGUGGGCUAACUGCACUAGGUUGUGGUAUUUUAGGAUUUACUGGAGCAUCUAUAUUGAAGAAAAAAGAACUAGAAAUGCAAAAAUCGAGAUCUUCAGAGGAAUACAGUUUAACUGAACAAAAGACUGUGCAGAAAUCAAGGUCUCUGCCUGAAAAUUUGAAAGAUUCAAAAAAGGAAUUGUGACACAUGCCAAAAUGUGAUACUAAUGAUAAAAAUAAGAAGAAAAAUGCCUGCAGUGUUGUCUAAACCCAAAGCACUGAUAAUAAUGCAACGUGUGUGUUGAACUUUAUGUGUGUUUGAAAUCUGCUUUUAUUUCUAUUCUGUACGUGAAAUAAGAAUUUCUAGGCUAGAUAUUUCCAUAAAAAUGAGUUGUGAUUUAUAACAAAUUUUUUUAAUUAUACAUAGAACGUGACAGACUUAUUAAGUUAUGUGUUUUUAGCAUGUAAGAAAAAUAUUAAAUUUUCUGCUGGGACCAAAUUUUAUUGAAAAUUAGAAUGGUCCUUGACAAAAGAUUCUCCAUCGCUUGAAAAAUAAAUCUUUUUAUACAGUUGUACGAAAUAAUGACAUGUGUAUGAACAUUACAUAUAGACUGUUCUCAAUGAUGAUAUUAACCAAACUCAAAAUGAUAUUAGGUUACGUUAUUACAAAUAUUACAUCGAGAACAUAUACAAUUGAUUACUUUCUCAGUGAAAUGUACUUACAAUAAUAUAAAAAUAGUGCGUAGUUUGUAUUACAACAAAAUCGAUGUAAUGGAGCACUCGCGACGUGUCUUUUAUAUAUGCUUCUUACAUAUACCGUGUUCAGAAAAAAUGUUACAAAUGUCUGGCAUGCGCGAAAACCGAGAGCCUAUUCUUGCUUGUAAAUAAUGUUUGCAAAUAAACUAUUUAAUACCACCAACGAACACCGAAA